CGACCAUGAAAAAGUCAAAGAAUUUUUAAAGAAUUCCUUAUCUUUUUCUUACAAGCCACUUUAAUUAUUAAUACUCUCCACAUUUACUCCUCACUUACAAACAUGUCCUCCAGCACUGCAAUCUCCACCAACAUCACAUGGCAUGCCGGCGAUGUCUCCCGCAACGAGCGCGUCCAGCUGCUCAAACAGAAGGGUCUGACGAUCUGGUUCACCGGUCUGUCGGCCUCCGGAAAGAGCACCAUUGCCAGCGCCCUGGAGCAGCACCUCCUGCACAAGGGUAUUAAUGCCUACCGCCUGGACGGCGACAACAUCCGCUUUGGCCUGAACAAGAACCUUGGAUUUAGCCCCGAGGACCGCACGGAGAACAUCCGCCGUAUUUCCGAGGUCAGCAAGCUUUUUGCCGACUCCUCCGCCAUUGCCAUCACUAGCUUUAUCUCGCCCUACCGAUCUGACCGCGACAGCGCCCGCAAGUUGCACCAGGACGCUGGGAUUCCCUUUGUUGAGGUGUUUGCCGAUGUGCCAGUCAGCGUUGCCGAGGAGCGCGAUCCCAAGGGUCUGUACAAGAAGGCCCGCGCUGGCGAGAUUAAGGAGUUCACUGGAAUCAGUGCCCCGUACGAGGCGCCUGAGAGCCCCGAGAUUCACAUCCGCACCGACCAGAAGAGCAUUGCCGAGGCUGUCGAGCAGAUUUUCGCGUACCUUGUUGCCAACCAGCUUAUCUAGAGUCAUAAAGUUUUUUAUUUUAAUAUAAUGGCUAAGUAUAUACACAUGCUGUCAUCUUUUGUGUUUGAUGAAUCUAAAUUAAAAGAUA